AUGCAUAAUUUAGGCACAUUUCUUCUGCUUACAAUUGGGGCACUUACAGUUCUAUUUUUGUCGGUGGCAUACUUUGAAUGCAUGGUUGAAUCUAGCAAACACGACCUUUUUACAUUUUUUCUCCUCAGCAAAAUAUGUACGUUUCUACUUUUCGUAAAAGGAGUCCUUGUCAAAAGAACUCUUCAUCUGAAAUACGCAAUCUAUAUAAUACUGCACAGCAUUCUAUCCGGGAUAUACAUGCACCACAUAAAUAAAAUCCCUAUCACAUUUUUAUCUGAGGUAAUUGCACUCGAUGGUGUAUAUCUUUUGUGCAUGUUGCUUGGUAUAUACAACUCGCGUGCGCAAAGACAGCUAAAAAACAGGCUUCUAUCUGGAGAACUAGAGAUUUUACACUACAAUAUUAUCGUAACAAAUGGAAUAAUGGUUUUUAUAACGCAGUUCGCAGCUUUCAUCUAUUUGAUGUCAGAAAACACCCUCUUUUCAAAGAGCGCUGUAGUAAUUUUCUUGGUGCACACACAGUACAAGCGAAAUAAGUAUCUAGUGUAUACAGCUGGGCUAAUUGCUGCAUGCGCAUUCAAAGAUGUUCUGCUGGCCCAGUCCAUAAGCGCGAUUUCUCUCUUUAUUUCAAGCGGGGCCUUAUUUAGUGCGUUGUUUAUUGGAGACUACCUUGAGUGGAAUAUAAGGAAAAUAUCCCUAAAAAGAAUAACCAUAGAGUAG